CAUUGUACUGUAGGACGAACCAUACUACAACUACCAGCAUUCAUUGAAACUGUACUCCCGACAGCUUCCUGUAUACGUCAUCACUUCGCGCAGACAAUGCGUACUACGGUGUAGUGUUAAGGAAACUCGAGAUUUCGAGUAAAAUUCAUCAUUGGUUUGGAUUUUUAAACUAUAAAAUGUCUGAUUCAUUACAAUCACAGACUUUACAGGAUCGUCUGGACCGUCUGCAGGAGUUGACAGAGUUUACUGAGAAGUGUAAAAAACAGCUACGCGACAUAUUUGAAACGCUAGGAUGGUCGAUGGACUACAAACCUUCCAACCAGGAACCAAUGGAGCAGUGUCCCUAUGACCCAAACCACAGGGUCCCCGUCAGGUCCAUGGAAAAACACAAAGCCUCCUGUCAGCUUCGACAGAUGGGCUACUCAGCAGAUGAGCUGGCAGAAAUGUCUGAUCCCUCUGUAUGUUAUGAGAACACCAACGUCAGAAGCUUUACAAUGGACAAAUCCACCCAAAACCAGGUGAUCUUACAGGCGAGAUCUGCAGCACCGCUGAUGAAGAUGGAAGGAGUCUUCUGGCAAGGUCAGUACUCCGGCCAACCUGUCGACGUACCUCAGAACCAUAAGCGAGCGGUGUGUGACCUCACUGUUGCAGAUCGAUUGGCCCUUUAUGAUCAUGUGGUCAGCGUUUUCAGCCAGCAGAAGGAAGCAGGCUCAUCCAGCAAUGAAGAUCUCUAUGUAGAUCUUGUGUCCAAACUUCAAAAGAAUGAAGAGCAAAAUGAACCUAAGAGUCACUUGGAGCUGAUGGCAGAGAUGAGGGACUACAAGAGACGACGUCAGUCCUACAGAGCCAAGAAUGUUCACAUCACCAAGAAAUCUUACACUGAGGUUAUCAGAGAGGUGAUCAGUGUCCAUUCAGGCGAACUUGCCAGACAGUGGAAAGAGGAAGAGGAUGAGAAGGAGUCGAUGAGAUCUGACCAGUCCUCCCACAGUCGUUGGAUAGAUAAAAGACGAUCAGCAUCCUCAGAAUCCCGCCAUUCACACAGCAAGCGCCAUCGCAGCCGAGAACGAAGCCACGACAGAGAGAGCAAGAAGAAGAAGAAAAGGAAGGAGAGGGAUUCCCGUUCCCCAGAUUACCACCACAACCAUAAGAAAAAGAAGAAGAAGAGAGAUGAUAAAGAGAAGUGAGAGUGCUGGAUUAACAGAAGUCUGCUCAUCCUGACCUUUUACACGUCUAAAGACGACAGGCGUUGUGACAUUUAAGUCUGCAGACUAAUGGGAAUCCAAGAACUUAAACAUUUUUACUUUUUGUUAAAUCAUUUUCAAAUAAUCUUAAACUCGCAUUUUUAUUGUAGCUUUUUACGUUUUGAAGGUGUCGGCUGAUGUUGAGCAGGCCACGCCCCCUUCCUGAGUCACCUGGUGUGUUUUUUUUUUUCUCUCUUCAUGGAAUGUUGGACAGAUGUGUUAUAACUGACACGCUUUCACCACGGGGUCAGAGGUCACUUCUUUUGAGCAUAAAUCUUACUGUGACCUGUUCACAUACCCUGGAAAGUGAGACUCUUAUCAGAGAUGUUAUAGGACUGAUUAGUAUUCUGUAAGAAAAAAACUUUCCCGACUUAUUGAAAGCAUUUAAUUUCACCAGUACAUCAGCGGAUGUUAUUUCAACUCCAUUAAACAACUACAGGAGAUUUUGGACCAGUAUGUUUACUGGUAUGUUGACCAUGGUGUUAACUAUUAUUGUCAUAGUAUUACAUCCAUUACUAGACUCUGUAUCUUGGCUGCUCCUUUAAUUAACCAGCAAUUCACACACAGAUUUAAUUAAACACUUUUGUAGUUACCGUUGGACUCAAUUAAACUUACUUCAGACAGAAUAGUUUUUUUUUAAAUGCCAAAUCAAUGUCUAAUGAAUUUAAAUGAUCAUGAUGAUCCAUCUCGUUGCUUCUCAUUUCUGUUUCAAUGUGACAUUUUAUGCUGCAACUGUUAUUUGAAUUCCUAAAAGUUAUUUUUUGCAAACAUAAAUUGUGGUCACAAUUAUUAAAUUGAAGUUGUUGGUCAACAACACA